CGGGCGCGUCGCGCGGCAGCCGGGACGCGCAGGCGCUGCCAUGGCGACGGCGGCGGAGGAGCGGGGCCGGGACGGGCCGCGGGAGGAAGGCCCGAACGGGGCCCGGGACGGGGCCCGGGAUGAGGCCGCGGCCGGCGCUGAGGAGACGGUGAAGAUCAUCUGCCUGGGCGACAGCGCCGUGGGCAAGUCCAAGCUGCUGGAGCGGUUCCUGCUCGAUGGCUUCCGCCCGCAGCAGGUCUCCACGUUCGCGCUGACGCUGUACCAGCACCGCGCCCGCGUGGGCGGGCAGCAGGUCCGCGUGGUGCCAGCACAGCCCACAGCUGAGCCUCUAAGGAAAGGUCCCAGUUUGGCACAACUUCUUCACCCUGGAGUGUUUCAGAUUGACUUCUGGGACACGGCGGGCCAGGAGCGGUUCCGGAGCAUGCACGCCUCCUACUACCACCAGGCCCACGCCUGCAUCAUGGUGUUUGAUGUGCAGCGGAAGGUCACCUACAAGAACCUCAACAGCUGGUACAAGGAGCUGAGGGAAUUCCGCCCGGAGAUUCCAUGCAUUGUAGUGGCCAACAAGAUUGAUGCGGAUAUGAAGGUGACCCAGAAAAGCUUCAAUUUUGCCCGGAAGUUCAGUUUGCCCUUUUACUUCGUGUCUGCUGCCGAUGGCACCAACGUGGUGAAGCUCUUCAACGACGCCAUCAGGCUGGCCGUGGCUUACAAACAGCACUCGGGAGACUUCAUGGACGAGGUCCUGCGGGAGCUGCAGAGCUUUGACCUGCAGAAGACAAGCGAGGAUUUGUCGGAUAUAGGGAAGAGCUGCACUGAAGAGGAGCCCUCAUCUGCCUAGAUCCCGAGCCGAGUUUUCCCUUGGCUCUGGACUGCUGGGCCUUCCACAGAGGACAGUGAAGUUUCUCAUGCCCUAGAGCUGUGGUGAUGGGCAGCUGGUCCUCUUCCCUUCUCGUGGGAGCCUGCCUGGGCAGGAUCUUCAUCGGCUCAGCCCUCACUGCUGCACAUUUUGCUCAGGGGAGGGAUGGGAGAAUCCACAUGAUCCCACAUGGAUUCCUGGCUCAUUCCCACCGCUCCUUUACGACAGAUCUAGCUAGGAGAAGUGAACCAUCUUAGAUCUGCAGGAAGGAUCCUGCUCAAAUGCUGUAGUGGUACCUGCUGCAGAAAGCAAACACUAAAGGAUAUUUUUUACAAAGCUA